GGGUUUGUUUCUUUUCGUUCUUUUAGUGGAUUGGUGUUGGUUUCCCCUCUGCAAGUUCACUUGAAUCACUGCAUUUUUUUUUAGCGCAUCGUUCAUUCUAUAAGUAUCUUCAAGUUGCUGUAAAACGAGGGAGGAGAUGAGCACAGGAGGGUCGUCUGCGGUUUGAUGUUUCGGGGGUUAUAGGUGGAGGUGAACAAGGGAUUUGCAAUAUAGAUUUGUCUGCUCGUGAGCCUUUUUGUUUGUGUAAAUUAGUUGGCAAUUUUUGGUUUCCUUUCCACUGGGUUGAAUUACGAUUAUCAAUCUUCCCGUUUCGGAUAGCGGAAGCACCGGUUGAGGAUUAGGAGGAUGAGCGGAGGAGGAGGAGAGAAAGGGUCGGCCACCACGAAGACCCCCGCGGAUUUCCUGAAAUCUAUCCGGGGGAGGCCGGUCGUCGUCAAACUGAAUUCUGGUGUCGAUUACCGAGGUAUUCUGGCCUGCCUGGAUGGAUAUAUGAACAUAGCAAUGGAACAGACGGAAGAAUACAUCAAUCGGCAGCUGAAGAACAAGUAUGGAGAUGCCUUUAUUCGAGGAAAUAAUGUUCUGUACAUCAGCACUUCAAAGCGGACUCUGGUGGAUGGGGCUUAGCGUUGAUUGUGCUGUGCAAUGUGGCGUUGUGGAGUUAUGUGGUCAUAACUUUUGAUGGGUACAUUCUUGAUUGUGGGUUAAUGUGGCUGUAGAACUGGGGGAAAGUGAACAUAUUCUUACUGAUAAUCCUGCAUCUCGUGAAAUUGGUUUGUAAAUUUCUUGACGAGCACCGGUAAUGCCCUAGCUCUUCCCAAUUUAGCAUGUCAUCAUACUUAUCUGACUCUCUGUUUGUGUAUUGUCAAUUGGCUUAAUGAUGUC